AUGUUGAGGCGAAAUAGUGAUGCGUCAGUGUUCGAGAAACGAAGCAGUGCGAGCCGCGGGGGGCACAAGCACUAUCGAUCAGCAGAACGAACACCAGCACCGGCUGGCAGACUUUUUUUCAGGAUAGCCUUUGUUCGGCUCGUUUUGCUGUUCGCAAUAGCAUUCUUGCUCCGUCGAGUGGUGGCAGCACCAAUAACGAAGUGGGAAUACGAAAAAGGGACACGUAAGUACGAUGGCGCAGCGUCCGGAAUAAGUUCGGAUGUGUACAAGUCAUUCGUACAGUUUGUGCAGGAAAUGCUUGGCGCACCGGGCCUGUCGGGUUUGGCAAGUACACCACGUCAAGUUACGCCACGCUAUUGCAAGUCACUCACUCCAAAGCACUUUGACUUAUUUUGA